AUGAAUAUUGUUAGCAUGGAUGAUGCUGAGCCAAAAGAUUGGCAAUUCAGUGGUAGUAAUCUGAUAAAUGCAUCUAAUCGAAUUAUCGAUUCGUUCUGUGUUAGUGUUUGGGGUAAUCCUAUAAGUUUAUCAAACGUAGGCUUAUGUGGUACUAAUAUUCCAAUGAAUCCUGGUGCUGCAACUGUGUUGGAUUGGACUCAACCAAAUGCUAUGUCGAAAGGAGGCACUGGAGAGAAAGUUGGUGAUAUGAUGAACCCCUUUGCUAUUCCUAAUUCCUUUAAUACGUAUCACAACGGACUGAUCUUCGGAGAAUCACAAGAUGUAUUCGAUUCGCCUUCUACUGCAAUCAGUCAAAAGAAACAGAUGAGAAAUGCAGUUGAAAGUUCUGAUCAGGAUGUUCCUUUACCUCUUGAAUAUGAACACACAGAUAGAAGCCCCCUCAAGAAUGAUAAAAAUGUAAACUUUGUUAAGUCUCAGGGUGAAGCAAAGGAAUGUGUUGGCAUCUCUGAAAAUGAGUCUGAAUGUAGUGGACAUCAAGAAGAAGUGGAGGGUGGAUAUUCUUCUGCUAGGUGCCUUGGUUCAAGGAAAAGGAAAAGAAGUGGUCAGGAUGCAGAAUUUGAUCAAAUGAAUGGAGCACAACAACAACCAGCUGAACUGGCAAAAGAGCAAAACUUGAAUUCCAUUGCCUGCAGGCCUGGUGGAAAGAAUGAGGAUCCACCUAAAGAAGGCUACAUACAUAUCUGA